CCUUCUCGUGUCGUUCUGCACCCUCCCUCUUCAGUGUUUGCUGCGCCUGCGUCAGUACGAGACAUGCCCUCUUUUUUCAGCGAACCAUGUGGCAGACUUUGCAGCUAAAAUGUCGGCGGGCGUCGGGAACCUCCAGGCGCAGGUGGAGUCGGUGCUGGGCGCGCUGGUCAAAGCGGCCACGGUGGAGUUAACCAAACUGUUCGAGAGCAGGUACGGGGCCUCGGCGCUGGCUGUGGACGCGGGCCGCACCGUCAACAAAAGGGGAAAUGAAAGCAUGGAGACACUGGAUAGUUUAUCGACCAGUGACACAAAACGCAGCAUUGGAGUGCAGGUAGAAGGGGACAUUUCUUCGCAGUUGGAGCUCUGCGACCCCCCUGUCCUUUCAGAUAGUGAUUGUUUGAAGGAGGGCAGGAAUGAAGAGGAGGAGGAGGAGGAGGACGAGGAGGAGGAGGAGGAAGAGGAGGAGGAGGGGGGCUGUCUCACUCCAUCAUAUAUCCCCCUGGUUGUUGAAAAUAAUGGCCAAGUUGACCCUGAAGGGUCGCCUCUAAAGGAACAGGCUGUUGUGGGGACUAUGGACAUGGUGGAGUUGAGUCACUUUGGUGGAGUUGAGCCUUCAGAUAAUAGUGAACCUCAAUCAGAGGUUGUUUUGCAAGUCUCUGCAGGGACUCUGACAGAGACAUUAAGAGAUGGAUCUACGCAAAGGUCUCCAACGGAAGAGAAACCUCUUGUGAUCCAACCAGAUACACGUUAUAUCAUUUCGAGGGAUAACAUUAAGUUUGUCUGCCCGUUGAUCCUCAAGCCACAGUCUCCUGCUCCUAAACUCGACAGAUCAGAGAAGCCUGUUCAAGCCGAGCCUCAGCAAGCCUGUGUCAGCACAGCCAAGGGCAACGCAUACAGUCCAUCCCCUUCUGAUGGAGCUGUGACUCCUGGUCAGGUUGGAGUUUGGGAACGGAUCCAUACGCCAAAGGAGGCGAAGAACAAUCUUCACAUGAAACUGAAACUGACUUCUCCAGACCAAAAGCUGAUGCGUCCUUGCGCGGUCCAUCUAGUGAACAUCCUCACAGUGCCUGAGUCAGAGAUGCAGCUUCAAGAUGAUGUUGCUGAAGGCAACAAUGCUAAGCACAAAGCAGGUCAGCCUCUGCCCAAAGACCUACGCCGACACCAAGGUCUUCACACAGGCCAUCGCCUCUGCUGCUUCACCCCCUGUGGAAACGGCAUUUGGCAGCUUCAGAAGGUGGUCGCUCACACCCGUGACGGCUACGCUUGCAGCACCUGCGGAAAGACGUUCAAGCGGAGAAAGAUUCUCCGCCGGCAUGAACGCUUUCAUACCGGAGAGAAACCAUAUCCGUGUUCAGUGUGCUCAAAGACGUUUGCACUGAGGAAGAGCCUCCGCCGCCAUGUGAGGUUCCACACAGGGGAGAGGCCGCAUACCUGCACACACUGCAGCAAAAGCUUCCGCCUGCGGGACAAUCUGAAAGCACACCUGAGGUUUCACACUGGAGAGAAGCCUUUCAGCUGCCCCACUUGUGGCAAGAUGUUCAGGAUCAUGAGGAAUCUGGAGAAACACCAGUGUGAAUUCUUUGUUCCUUCAUUUAGGACGAUUGCUGGAUUGUAGUUGUGGAAAAAGUGGAUGCUUGUGCCAUUUUCUACCUCAGGCUGAAGACUGUUAUGUAAGUUGUGAUGAGAGAGAUAAAGCUAUGUCAUUCCAGAAAGGUUAUAUUUUAAUAACAAGAGUUGCAGUGAGGUUGAGGAGACAUUUUUUUAUAUACUACUUUUUCAUGCUACUGAGGGUUUUUGACUUAUUUUUUCUUGUUUCCAUAUUUUGUGGACCAAUAGUGUGACUGGAACUCUGAGCAAGUUCUAUAACCACUUGCACUACAGAUAAAAAGGUAUCUAGUGACUGUGUGGUGAGACAAAAUACUUCACUCUUCCUGUCAAAGUAUAUAUAAAGUACUUGCUGUUUUUUUUGUGUUUGUGUUUUAUAUAUUGUUUUUAUAUUGUGCUUUAAAAUGUUUUAGUGUCAUGUCUCUUGUCAAGAAGUGUUUGUUUUUGUAUUAAUUGUACUAAUUACUGAAUGUAUGUAUAGAUCUUUCUUUUCAUGACCUGAAUAUCUGGGACUAUCCAUGCUCACAUUUAAAGGAAUCUGGUAAAAAUUUGUUAAAAUACUUUGGAAUGAAAAUCGUAAGUGUACAUAUGGUCAAACAAAUGUGAUCUCUUUUCAAAUUGUGUUGAGAAAAAGGUUUUUUUACAUUCCUUUAUACAGAUAUUUCACAUUGACAAAUUUCUGUAUUCAUCUUUUCAAACUUCUGAUCCUUGAUAACUUUUUUUGUAUGAAUAAAAAAGGCAUUAUUGUGAAACACAUCAUUUGAUUAUUUU